GCCGUAUUUAAACUUACCGCCACGACGUAAAGAGUUCAAGGCUAGAGAAUCAAAAUUUGAGGUAACCUUCUGUGACUGUUGUUAAUGAUAGCAAAUAUUAAAUUUUGUAAGUUAGUAUUAUCAACCGAGCUUAAUGGUAGACACAUAAUUCUACUCACAAAACAAGCAGGAACUAUAUUUUUGGCGUAUUGAUAGCAUUGAGGAAGUGACAGCCGUGAUGAUUGGUAAAUACGGUUAGUGUGCGUGCAGGUGGUGGCCGUGGGAAUAUAUUUUGUUUGUGUCGUGUCGGUCGGUGAAAAUGAUAUACUGAGUGCAUUCCUGUGUGUAAACAAUUGUGAAUUCAAUAAAUGCAUUGUGUUAAGAAUAUUUACAUUUUUUAAAUAAAUAUUUAACUCAUGAAUUCCCAUCGAACGGCAAAACAAUGGAGAAUUCUUCUGACGAAGACAUCGUUAAGGAUACAACCAGGAUUGUCAAGGACCUGAAUUUAUUUGAACAACACAUUCCACAAAAUAAUCAUAACCUCACAUACAGUAAGAAUUUGUUGAGCUCACCGUCACACAAGCGUGGAGCUAGUGCCUAUGAUAGCGGCGCAAUGGAUUCGUACACCAACAAACUGAAUUACUUGCGCUUGAGCGAAGAACCAAAGAACAAUUCUUUGGCUGGGUGCGACAAAGGAGGGAGCCACAGGCUGAUCGUUUCGGAUUCGGGAUACGGUCGCAUCUUGCCGAAGACCGAUAAUCAGGCGAGGUCGUUGUCUAGUUCAGCUGUGAACGUAGCGCCAAGUUACGAGGCGGUGAGUUGUGGUUCAAAGUCCCUCCCAGCUAGUAACUUGGCAUCUCCUGUCAAAACAGUGCAGGAGAAAAACAUGCUUCUCAGGCAGCAGGACAAUGCAAAACAGCGCAGUGUCGGGGCGAUCGAAAGUUUUGUAGUGGACGGGAACAAGCAGCCUAUCCCUUCGCCUACUGACUACAAGAUGUAUGAGAGAGGUAAUAUUAUCGCUGCUUCGAAAUUCGCCACGCCGAAACAAGUAGAGACGAUUGCAUCUCUCAGUAACAAACCCACGGCUGAUGCGCAGAGUCCAGGUCCAGUGACUCGCGUUAACCACACCGGCACGCCCACCAAUGACUGCAGGUAUUAUCCUUCGUAUGCUGCCAAACCUGGUGCCGUCAGCCCAACGCACAGCUUGAGCGGUUCCAGCAAAGAUUCACAGCAUUCCAACAGUCCUCGCACAAGCAUAGCAGUUGCUCCAUCUGGCUACGGUGCAAGUUCUCCGUUGUACGAAAACCUAGAUUACUAUGGUAGGACCACACCACAGCCUCCUUUUUAUCAUCAACUGCCACUUAGUCCACAUUCCAACAUCGGUUCCCAUGAUUCUAAACAUUCCAGUCCACGAGCAAGUAUAGUUGAGAACGCACAAUACGAGUCUUGCUAUCGCAAGGCGCAGCCGCAGGUUCCAGCAGGCGCGAAGUACAAUCAACAAGUGAUGAAGCAGCAGCCACCAUACGAGGCUCCGCCGGUGUACGAAAACAUUCAGGAGUUGCAGAAACCAUCAUCGGUCUACGAGCCACCCAAACCAGGACCACAAGUUCCGCUGCAUGGCGAGAACAGGCCAGCCCCUCAGAUGUGCACCUACUACUCACCAGCGCAGCAGACUUCCGCCCUACCGCCUCCCCCGCCCUACCCUGGUAGCCAGAGGCCGGGUCCCCAGCCAAACAACUCGCGCCCGAGCGUUCCGCAGGUGCCGGCAACAUCUCGGUCCGGGGGCCCCGCUGCAAGCACGACCCCGCCUUACUACCACGCGACCCCCGUGGGCUCGGGCGACUACGUCGUGAUGACCGGGAACAAGUCGCAGAUGGCCCCUGUCCAGCUGGCGACCAGCUACCAGCGCGGUGCGUCCUCUGGCAUCGCAAACGCAGUGAAUGUGAAACCCAGUGUUCCAGUGGUGCGAGAGGUGAGGUGUCCGAGCCCCACGCAGCCAGGGGGCAAGGCAAAGCCCGCGAUCGGGAAGACCCUCCUGCCGUACAACGUCACACCACCACGACCCAUGGGGCCAACAGAGGCAGAAAGAAAAAUUGAAGAGCUUACACGCCAGCUGGAAGAAGAAAUGGAAAAGCAGGAAGAAGAAGGAGAAUAUUUUGGUAUCUGCCACACGUGCGGGGAGAAGGUGACGGGCGCCGGCCAGGCCUGCCAGGCCAUGGGCAACCUCUACCACACCAACUGCUUCAUCUGCUGCUCGUGCGGCAGGGCGCUGCGCGGGAAGGCCUUCUACAACGUGCACGGCCGCGUCUACUGCGAGGAGGACUACCUGUAUUCAGGUUUCCAACAGACAGCAGAGAAAUGUGCCAUCUGUGGACAUCUUAUAAUGGAAAUGAUCCUGCAAGCAAUGGGCAAGUCCUAUCACCCCGGUUGUUUCCGUUGCUGCAUCUGCAACGAGUGUCUGGACGGAGUUCCUUUCACGGUGGAUGUGGACAACAAGAUAUACUGCGUUAAUGACUACCACAGGAUGUUUGCACCAAAAUGUGCAGCCUGUGGCAAAGGAAUCACGCCAGUCGAGGGAACCGAGGAGACUGUUAGAGUGGUUUCUAUGGAUAAAGACUUCCAUGUCGACUGCUAUAUCUGCGAGGACUGUGGCAUGCAGCUGACGGACGAGCCGGACAAGCGCUGCUACCCGCUCGACGACCGCCUGCUGUGUCGCGCGUGCCACAUACAGAGACUGAGCCACCAGCCACGCCAGCUGCAGGUUGGAUAGUCCCAAGCAGUUUGAGAUUUCCUAAAUGUUUUAUUUAAAACAGAAUGUUCAAAUUAGAUUGUUAGUUUGAUUUAUGACAUGAUGUAAGUCAGUAAUGCUUCUGAGAAGAUUUAGUUUGAAGGUUCACUAGAAGAUAUAAAAAUUGUCAUCUAAAUCAACUCCAAAUGAACCAAUAAUACGGAUAAACGAAAACAGAUUUGAUCUCAAUAUUGAACAAUCAAGUGAAGUGUUUCGUUGUCUCAAGAAUUGGAUAUCAGAUUUGGAUGUAAUCCUUGUGUCGACUCUGAGCUUCAAGGCUGUAACAAAUUUGGAAAGAAGACUGCACAAUAUAUAAUAUUCUAACACUUGAAUCAACACGUCUCAAAAUUCUAAGAAGAAACUAUUUUCGACGAGAACUGGAUCAAGGACCACCACACAGCUGAAAGAAGACAUCGGAAGUCCGCAGAGACGUAGUUCUUGGAUACAUCGGGGUGAAUCGCAAUAUGAAUCCAGUUCCGAGUCCACGUUCUAAAAGAUCCUGGUUGAGUGUCGGAGAUUGUCUGAUGUUCCUGAGACCGGGUUUCCUGGAUGAAGUGGAGUUAUUUGCAGUACUACAGCAGGUUUCGCUGUUGAAUAUGAUUUCAUCAAGAUCUUAAUAAAGAGGUUGGUCCAUCCCGAGAUGACUUAUGUGACAUGGUUACAAACAUCUAAUCUAUAAGAGACAGUUAAGUCAGUGUAUCUAGCUUAACAGAGAUCUUGAUGUGAUUAUAAAACAUCUAUAAGUUUGUGUUUAAUCAGUUGAAAUUUGUUUUAAAAUUUAUAUUUUAUCUAUAUAAACCUAAAUUGUAAGAUUCCUAUAUGUAAAUUCAACAAUGACGAAUGAAUUUGGAAAUUACCAAUAA